UUGUUUCAAAUACUUUGCUUGUACAGUAACACUGUAACUGUGAGUACUUUUGGUUCUGCUUAUGAGUUCGUCAAAUUAUCAUUUAUGCUUUGGUUUGUGAGUUUUAUUUUGCUGACACUCAAUUAAACUUAAAGAAAUGGAGAGUUCGGAAUCUCCCUCCGAAGCAGCGCAUUCACCUCCUAUAGUGUAUUGCGAUGAGAAUAUCAGCGAAGAAGUACAGCUACCUGCCAGUUUAUUUUCUGCAUCUGCCAUAGAGAUUUCAUUCGGGUCUACCAGCGCCGUCUCCGGACUACCUUUGAGUGCGGACUGUGUAGAGGAAUUUGUUUAUGAUCUGCCUUUGCCACACGCUUACAGUGAUCGUAUGGCGUUGGCACUGAAAGCCUACAAAUCAGGAAACCUCUCGCAAUAUGCAGCUGCGAAAAAGUUCAAGGUUCCUUAUACUUCGUUCUGGAAGAAACUUAGAGGAGUUACCAAACAGAAUUUUGCCCGGCACAUUGUGGAAAAGUGGAAUGAUUUUAACAUGGCUGCCAAUAUUGUCUCUGGGUUUGUUUCUUCCGGAAUUUAUCCGUUUAACCCGGAUGCGGUGUGCCGGGCUUAUGUAGAGCCAGUUCCAAGUCAGCUGGUUUCUGACUUGCCUAUUUCUGUUGCCAAUGUUUACGUGAGCGAACUGCAAGUUGUGCGCCGAAGUCUUCAAAAAAUUCCUCUUUUGACCGAAGGCGCAAUAGAAGAGAUUUUGGCGUUUACCAUUACCAAGGCAGAAGGCUUUACUACCCCCGUUCCCGCGGAAAAAGUGGCUGCGGAUUGGCACAAAAAUUUCAUGAGCGCUCAUCCUCAGAAAAAGAAAAAACUCAAAGAUUCACGUUUGCGGGCGGAGGCUGGUCUGAUUGCAACGGACAGCAAAGUGAUUGAAGCACUCGAACAGCGAAAAGUUGAAAAGCUGCGACAGAAGAAUAAGAGAAAAAAGAAUUCUAAGGGGCUCAGUGACAUCACAAAUACACCGACGAAAAACAAAAAAUCUCAGAAUGUGUAGAAAGUGAAUUUCUUUCGUUUGUGAUGUUGUGCAAAAGUCAUGUAAGUAUUACGAGUUUUACUGUUUUACAUACUUGUACGGUGUUGUUGUAAAUGAUAAAG